GCCCCUUUAAUUGGAACAGGCAUCUACUCUCUCUCUCUCUCUCUCACAUACGCACACAGAGGAGAGUUGCUGCUAAUAUAUCUCCUUUGAAGCUUCUCUGGUCCACUGAGGAAGAAAAAGAAGAAGAAAUCCAUUCUUCUUCAGUUCCCUCACUUGGACAAGGACUGUGGCUGAAGGGUCAGCAUUUUCUAAGCAAAGUGUAAGUAGAAUGAAAGAUUGGGCAGCUCUCAUCAUAGCAGUUGCACUAUUUGCAUUUCUCACACCAGGAGUGAUCUUCCAAAUGCCAGGGAAGAAUCGUCCCAUUGAUUUUGUUAAUAUGAAGACAAGCCUUGUCUCCAUUUUAGUUCACGCAAUCAUCUACGGUUUGCUCCUUAUUCUGUUCCUUGUUAUUCUUCGUGUACAUCUCUAUGUCUAAUUUUGUAGAGAGUAAUGGAUUUUCUUCAAUACUAGUGUCUCUCCAAUUUUUCCUUUUUCACUUCAUCUCAUUUUCUCAGAUGAAAUGUCUGUCAUGUGACCUUUGAUCUCUCAGAUUUGCAGCUUGAGCUGUUUACAGAGAGGAUACCCAAGCUGAAUAUUUCAAGUUA